CGCCGAAGAGACGAAGAAGCUGGGAUGCAGCCUCGUUGUCGAUGAACUAGGCAACAUGUUCGCCAGUAGACGCGGAUCUUUGCCAAACCCCACGCCCAUGAUUGCCAUGGGAAGCCAUCUGGAUACUCAGCCUCGAGGUGGCCGAUACGACGGCAUUUUGGGCGUCGUCGCUGCUGUUGAGGUCUUGCGGACUCUUGCGGAGAAUGGGUACAGCACACAUCAUGAUGUUGGAAUCGUCAAUUGGACAAAUGAAGAAGGCGCCAGGUUUCCCAAAUCGAUGAUGGCAUCCGGUGUAUGGGCCGGCAAGAUCCCUCUCGAACAGGCCUACUCUCUGCCCGACAUCUUCGACCCCUCCGUCACCGUCAAGUCCGAGCUGCAAAGACUUGGUUACAUCGGAGACGUCGCCUGCUCAUCAACCGGAUAUCCCUUGGGCGCCCAUUUCGAGCUACACAUCGAGCAAGGCCCGAUCCUCCAAGAAUCCCGCAAGAAGAUUGGCGUCGUCCAGGGUGGCCAGGCCUAUCGCUGGUUCACUGUAACCGUCAGUGGCCGCGAUGCUCACACGGGGACAACGCCGUUCAAGUCACGCAGCGACCCUCUGCUGGCAGCAUCCAAGAUGAUUGUCUCUUCCAACGCCAUUGCAAAGAAGCUCGGCGCCUUGGCAUCUACCGGCGUUUUCAAAAUCCCUCCGAGUUCCUCCACCAAUACCAUCGCCUCGAAUGUGACUUUUACGCUGGAUAUCCGCCACCCAGACGACGCUGUAGUCGAUGAAGUACAGCGUUUUUGCACCGAGUCCUUCCAAGCCAUCGCCAAAGAAGAUGGUCAUGGCGUGAAAGUCGACAUGAGUCUCGAUACCGACUCCCCUGCCACGAAAUUCGACACGGACUGUAUCAAGAUGGUGGAAAAGGCGGCGACAAAGCUGGUCGGCGUCGAUGGAUGGCUUCAUAUAACGAGUGGAGCGGGCCACGAUAGCGUCAAUACAAGCAGCCGAUGCCCAACGACCAUGAUCUUUGUUCCCUGCAAAGACGGCGUCAGCCACCACCCAGAGGAAUACUGCAGCCCAGAGGACUGCGCCCUAGGAGCCCAGACUCUCCUCGAAUCGGUCAUCAACUACGACGAGUUCAAAGCAGGCCAAUAGUCAGAGAAUUUAGUUAUUUUAGGAGCGUGCUACUAGGUACUGCUGCUACUGCUGCUACUGCUGCUACUGCUACUACUGCUACUACUGCUACUACUGCUUUAAUAUGUACCUAUUUAGUGGUUGUGCAUUUCAAUAUGUAGACUAGCUGCCUUGUUGUGCUACAGCUGGGGUGUUGGAUAAUAAGAUUGGGGUGCUGGAUAACUUCUCCCUUGAAGAUAAGAAGGCCGCUGAGGCUGCCACUAAAGUCUCUAGAGACAAGCAAGUUAAAUAACAUAGGAAACACCAAAAACGGAUAAGAAUAGACUCCCUUGUUUACAG